CAAUACCAAUACUCGCAUCCCUCGGCAGCCAAAGCACCUCAUUUCUCCCGCCUGGGCGACGUGGAGGUCAACGCGGGGCAGAAUGCCACCUUCCAGUGCGUGGCUGCCGGCAAGGCAGCCGAGGCCGAGCGGUUCCUCAUGCAGAGGCAGAGCGGCGAGGUGGUUCCCGCCGCCUCCGUGAAGCACAUCAGCCACCGGCGCUUCCUGGCUACCUUCCAGCUGGACGAGGUGUCCAAGGAGGAGCAGGACUUUUACCGCUGCGUCACCCAGUCCAGCCGCGGCGGCUCGGGCGUCUCCAACUUCGCCGAGCUCAUCGUGAAAGAGCCCCCCACACCCAUCGCCCCCCCCCAGCUGCUCCGGGCUGGCUCCACCUACCUCAUCAUCCAGCUCAACACCAACUCCAUCAUCGGCGACGGUCCCAUCGUGCGCAAGGAGAUCGAGUACCGCAUGACCUCGGGGCCCUGGUCAGAGGUCCACGCCGUCAACAUGCAGACCUACAAGCUCUGGCACUUGGAUCCCGACACGGAGUACGAGAUCAGCGUCCUGCUCACCCGGCCCGGCGAGGGGGGCACCGGCAAACCGGGACCGCCCCUCAUCAGCCGCACCAAGUGCGCAGAGCCCAUGCGGGCCCCCAAAGGCUUGGCUUUCUCCGAAAUCCAGUCCAGGCAGCUGACGUUGCAGUGGGAGCCGCUGGGUUACAACCUGACCCGCUGUCACACCUACACCGUCUCGCUCUGCUACCGCUAUUUCGUGGGCACCGGUCACAACCAAACCUUCCGGGAGUGCGUGAAGAUGGAGCGGAACGCCAACCGCUACACCAUCAAAAACCUGCUGCCCUACAAGAACAUCCACGUCAAGCUCAUCCUCUCCAACCCCGAGGGUCGCAAGGAAGGCAAGGAGGUCGUAUUCCAGACAGAUGAGGAUGUGCCUGGCGGCAUCGCCUCGGAGUCCCUCACCUUCACCCCGCUGGAGGAUAUGAUAUUUUUGAAGUGGGAGGAACCGGUGGAGCCCAACGGCCUCAUCACGCAGUAUGAGAUCAGCUCCCAGAGCAUCGAGUCCUCCGACCCGGCGGUCAACGUGCCCGGCCCGCGCCGCACCGUCUCCAAACUGCGCAACGAGACCUACCAUGUCUUCUCCAACCUCCACCCCGGCACCACCUACCUCUUCUCGGUCCGGGCUCGCACCGGCAAGGGUUUUGGUCAGACGGCGCUCACCGAGAUCACGACCAACAUCUCUGCUCCCACCUUCGACUACGGGGACAUGCCGUCGCCUCUGAGCGAGUCGGAGAGCACCAUCACGGUGCUGCUGCGGCCGGCGCAGGGCAGAGGGGCUCCCAUCAGCACCUACCAGGUCAUCGUAGAAGAAGACCGACCCAAGAAGCUCAAGCGGGAGCUGGGUGGGCAGGAGUGCUUCCCGGUGCCGCUCACCUUCGACGACGCCGUGUCCCGUGCUUAUCUCAUCUACUUCCAAGCCAUGAGCAACCUCAAAGGAGAAACCCGGCUGAACUGUGUCCGGAUCGCUCGCAAAGCUGCCUGCAAAGAGAGCAAACGUCCCUUGGAGGUGUCGCAGCACUCGGAGGAGAUGGGCCUGAUCCUGGGGAUUUGUGCUGGAGGGCUCAUCGUCCUGAUUAUCCUCCUGGGAGCCAUCAUCGUUGUCAUUCGGAAAGGGAGGAACUACUAUUCUUAUUCCUAUUACCCAAAACCCGUCAACAUGACCAAAGCCACCAUAAACUACCGCCACGAGAAGACGCACAUGAUGAGCGCCAUCGACAGGAGCUUCACCGACCAGAGCACGCUGCAGGAGGACGAGCGCCUGGGGCUCUCCUUCAUGGACACCCACAACUAUGGCAACCGGGGCGACCAGCGGAGCAGCGUGGUCAAUGAGUCCAGCAGCCUGCUGGGGGGUUCCCCCCGGCGCCAGUGUGGCCGCAAGGGCUCCCCGUAUCACACUGGGCAGCUCCAUCCCGCCGUGCGCGUGGCCGAUCUCCUCCAGCAUAUCAACCAGAUGAAGACGGCAGAAGGCUACGGCUUCAAGCAGGAGUACGAGAGUUUCUUUGAAGGCUGGGAUGCUUCGAAGAAGAAAGACAAGACUAAAGGGAGACAGGAUCACGUGUCGACAUAUGAUCGUCACCGAGUGAAGCUGCACCCGCUGCUGGGCGAUCCCAACUCAGACUACAUCAACGCCAACUACAUCGAUGGCUACCACAGGUCCAACCACUUCAUAGCCACGCAAGGGCCCAAGCAGGAGAUGGUGUACGACUUCUGGCGCAUGGUGUGGCAGGAGCACUGUUCCAGCAUCGUGAUGAUAACCAAGCUGGUCGAGGUGGGCCGGGUGAAAUGCUCCAAAUACUGGCCGGAUGACUCUGAGAUGUACGGAGACAUCAAGAUCACCUUGGUGAAGUCGGAGACACUCGCCGAGUAUGCCGUCCGCACCUUCGCUCUCGAGAGGCGGGGCUACUCGGCCAGGCACGAGGUGAAGCAGUUCCACUUCAUGUCGUGGCCCGAGCACGGCGUCCCCUACCACGCCACGGGGCUGCUGGCCUUUAUCCGCAGGGUGAAGGCGUCCACGCCGCCCGACGCUGGCCCCAUCGUCAUCCACUGCAGCGCUGGCACAGGGAGAACGGGCUGCUACAUCGUCCUGGAUGUUAUGUUGGACAUGGCCGAGUGCGAGGGCGUCGUGGACAUCUACAACUGCGUGAAGACCCUGUGCUCGCGGAGGAUCAACAUGAUACAGACGGAGGAGCAGUACGUCUUCAUUCAUGACGCCAUCCUGGAAGCCUGCCUGUGCGGGGAGACCAGCAUCCCCGCCAGCGAGUUCAAGCCCACCUACAAGGAGAUGGUGAGGAUAGAGCCGCAGAGCAACUCCUCGCAGCUGCGGGAGGAGUUUCAGACCCUGAACUCGGUGACUCCUCACUUGGACGUGGAGGAGUGCAGCAUCGCCCUCCUGCCCCGCAACCGGGAGAGGAACCGCAGCAUGGACGUCCUGCCGCCCGACCGAUGCCUUCCCUUCCUCAUCUCCGUGGACGGAGACAGCAACAACUACAUCAACGCGGCCUUAACCGAUAGCUACACCAAGAGCGCUGCCUUCAUCGUCACCCUGCACCCGCUGCAGAACACCACCACCGACUUCUGGCGGUUGGUGUACGACUACGGCUGCACCUCCAUCGUCAUGCUCAACCAGCUCAAUCAGUCCAACUCCGCCUGGCCCUGUUUGCAGUACUGGCCCGAGCCAGGUCUCCAGCAGUACGGCCCGAUGGAGGUGGAGUACGUUUCCGGAGCGGCGGAUGAGGACAUCGUGUCCCGUCUCUUCCGAGUCCAGAACGUCACACGGUUGCAGGAGGGACACCUAAUGGUCCGGCAUUUCCAGUACCUGCGGUGGUCGGCGUACCGAGACACCCCGGACUCCAAGAAGUCCUUCUUGAACCUCCUGGCCCAAGUGGAGAGGUGGCAGAAGGAGAGCGGCGAUGGCAGGACCGUGGUGCACUGCCUGAACGGAGGUGGCCGGAGCGGCACCUUCUGUGCCUCCACCAUGAUCCUGGAGAUGAUCAAGUGUCACAACAUGGCAGAUGUUUUUUAUGCUGCAAAGACCCUCCGUAACUACAAGCCAAAUAUGGUAGAGACCUUGGAGCAGUAUCAUUUCUGCUACGACAUAGCACUGGAAUAUCUGGAGACCCUGGAGACCAGAUAG